UUCAUUUCCCUGUUUCAGAGUCACUAUAAAUAUCAGUUACUUUUAUCAAAUUUGGAAUCAUGGGUUCAACUAUUACAGAAAGUCGGUUGGUCAAUGCAAAUAAAUAAUCAAUUACAAUAUAAAAGAAACAAAAGAAUGACAUACUGAUAAUGGCCAGAAUGUCCACAAGGAAAAGCGAAUCAUUAUUGUUUUACAAAUAUCUCUGCCAAAAAAUUGGAUCUGAGGAGGUCGUGAGAAUUAGGAGGUUGGUUUCCACUAUAAGAGAUAUUGAAGUAAAUGGAAAAAUCAUAACUAGUGGAAGUAAAGGCGAAGGACUCAAUUUAAACGGCAGUGAUUGUGAUAUAAUGAUUAUUGACCAAGACUUUAAAGUGUAUCAGUCAGAAACAAAAGUUAAAAGGAAAAGUUUUCCGAUUCCAUUAACUAUGAAUACCGAGGAGACACCGCCAUGUUUCACACAAUUAUUGCUUUUACAUCAAAAUAUAAAGAGAACUCAUCAUUUGUUGCAAAAAAAUGAUCGGGGAUAUAUGCUUUCAAGUGAACUGUAUAAACGGUUCAUUUUGAAAUCGGCAAACGCUAAAUUUCCUGCGCCGUUUUUCGGAAAAAUCCAUGGACCAUGUGUAUCAGAUAAACAUGAUACAUUUGAUCUUGCAUGGUGUUUAAAGUGUGACAAAUGGAUAUUUCAAGCAGAGCCAUGGAUUAGUAGACCACGUACAACAUGGCCUUCACCUGAAAUAAUUUCAAAAAUAGUAUCUAGUAGUGGGGUGUUAUUUGUUCCAAUUGGAUGCAAAGGGUCCAUAAAUGAACUUCUUGAAUGGCGAAUUUCUUUUUCUGAAGGAGAAAAAUUUCUUAUAUUUUCCUUCACCCAUACACAAUUAUUAUGUUAUGCUAUGUUAAAAAUCUUGCUGAAGGAAAUAAUAGAAAAACAUGAAGAUUUGAAAGGUUUGCUGUGUUCAUAUUUCUUAAAAACACUAAUGUUUUGGAUUUCAGAAGAAACAGACCAAAACGUAUGGAGACCUGAUAAUAUAAUACCUUGUUUUAUGGCAUGCCUUCAAAGACUGCUUUAUUGUGUACGAUAUUCAAUAUUGUCACAUUAUUUUAUUCCUGAAAAUAACUUGUUUAUUUUAAGAUUCAAUGUUACUAACAAAGACAAACUGAUAACCAUUCUUAUGAAUUCAUAUGAGCAAGGAAUCAAUUGUUUUGCAUCUUCUAUGACCCUACAAGAUUAUCAACGCCACUCUGAAGAAAUUCCUGAAUCUGAAAUAAGCAGAUACGUCGGGUCCUUAGAACAACCUAUACCUAUAUUUUAUGGUAUUAGUUGUUGUAGUGGAAGUGUUACAAAUUCGAGACUCUUGUAUUAUUUUCUACAUCAUUCCAGUACUGCUUUAUCUAGAGUUCUAUUCGCUUUACAAAUAUCAGAAGCAUCCUUACAAUUUCCAGAAGAAACACAAUACCCAAAAAGCUCAGGACACAAACACCUUUACUCUAAAUACAAACUUGAUCUGAAUCAUUUAAUUAUCGGUUUACAUUCGGAUACAUUAUAUGGAUCGUUGAAGUUGGCUUCUUUCUUCUAUGCUAACAAAAAUUACGUAGACGCAUUAACUGUGAUAAGGUAUGCAUUGACAAAAUGUACAAACGAGAACAUUGAUACUGGAAUUUUAGUUUUUAAAAAGACAUGUAAUCAUAGCCAAAUAAAUAUGUCGAUUUUGAGGAAAAAAGAAAAACUUCGUGCAAUGAUAACAUCAUUAAGAGGGCAUCCUUUUAGCUUUGGAGUGGGUUCUUCAAUAGUUCCACAAGAACUACGACCCGAUGUUACAAGCACGCCUACUUCUUUUCAUCCAUUACCAUUUGCACAUUUCCUUAACUUCCUAUGUUACUACCAUCUACAUGACAUUUCAUUAUGUAGACAGUCUUUACAACGACUUAGCCAUCUUCAACGGACCCUUUCAAAAUGUGGUACUAAUUUUGUUUGGCCUUAUUUCCUCAACACAAUUAUUCUUUGUGGCAUAGCUAACAAGUUAAUGGAAGACACAGACUCUGCUAGAACUGCUUUCCAAGAAGCUGCUAGACAUGAUAAGUAUAAUGUAAGCAGUGCAGCAUCAAGGCUGUCUAGUGUCAUCUAAAUCUAAUUAUAUCAAACAUUUCAUUUUACAUGUAACAUAGUACAGUUUUGACAUGAAAAAAGCAAUAGAUCUUGACCAAACGUGUUUUCCUGUUCUGACAAAUGUAAAUGAUACAAUAAAACUUUGGAAGCUAACAUUCAUACAUUAUAUUAAUAUACUUAAUCCCUUUAAUCACAGUCAUAUAGGAGCAAUUUGUUUUUAUAUUUGUUCGGGUGACUAACAUUUUAGAUAUUGACUUUCAUCAAUAAAAAAAUACUAGUAUA